CACUCGAGGCCGGGCCCAGGAGGGCCGAUGCAAGGAUGACCAGCGCAGCAGCGGGAAUAGCUCCUACUUCACAGAUCUCCAGGGGGCCAACACUGGAUGGUGCACUGGAAUUCUUCCGGUGGUAGGCGGGGCAAGGGGAGUCCCGACCCAUCCCUUUCGCCAGCGGCGUCUUCGCUGGGUGAAGGGGUCCUGUGGCGGUGAGGCUGUCGCCAUGGUGCUCGUACUUCUGGGCCUGCAUCUGAGCGGGACCGAUCCCGGCCAGCCAGAAGGCGCCGUUACAGCGCUGUUGACGGUGGAUUCGGAGCCACCCGAAGCCGCUGUUGUUGCAGGGCUAGCGGAGGUGUUGCACGUCCAGGCUCUGGAUCAGCCGGAGAGUGACUUGCUGAGCCACUUGGACACCUGCGCUUCCUUCAUUAGCCGAGCACGGGAGCGGGGUGGGACCGUCCUGGUGCGAUGUCAAGCUGGAGUCAGCAGAAGUGUUGCUGUUGUGAUUGCCUAUUUAAUGAAAGCCAGUAAGAUUCCUUUUGAAGAGGCCUGUGCCUUUGUCCAGGCCAUCAAACCAGAUGGCAAAAUGAAUAGAGGCUUUGAGUGGCAACUGAAACUCUAUGAAGAAAUGGGCUGUGAAGUCGACAUAACCAGUGCUGUUUACAAGCAGUAUCGUUUGCAAAAGGUUACAGAGAAAUAUCUUGAGCUACGAGACCUGCCACGAGAUGUCUUUGCAGUUGAUCCAGACACUGUACAGAAAACUCCAAACUCUGAAGUUCUGUACAGGUGUCGGAAAUGCAGGCGUCUGCUCUUCCGAAGUUCAAGCAUUUUGUCUCAUGAUGAAGGCAAGGGACCUGCCGCUUUUGCUCACAGGAGACUUUCAGCACCUGCUCUUUUUCACUGUGAUGGCCAGUCUAGAUGUACUUCUUACGUCAUUGAGCCAGUACAAUGGAUGGAGCCAGCACUAUUAGGAGUGAUGGAAGGACAGCUUCUCUGCCCAAAAUGUACAUCAAAGCUUGGUUCCUUUUAUUGGCAAGCACAACCUCAGCGUUUGCCACAACCAAAUGCUUCACCACCUGAAAAGUAUAAGGAAGAAACUGGCAAAAUACAAAAUGGCCAUACAAAGCUGGAUAAUGGAGGUGGGAUGCACAAUGGAGUCAAAGGUGGUGCACCAGUCAGCAGAAAAUUCUCAGCGCCUGUUUCCCAAAAAAUGCACAGAAAAAUUCAGUCCAGGUUAUCUGUCAACAGUGAAAGCAGUAAGAAAAGCUCUGCAUAUUCUCACAAGCCAGGCUCUUCACAUGAAGAUUGCUGUGUGCAUUGUAUCUUGGCCUGCUUGUUCUGUGAAUUCGUCACCCUCUGCAGCCUUGUCCUGGGACAAGCAUCAUGUGGUGUCUGCCCAGUGGAAGCCUGCUGUUGCUGCUGCGGAGAGGAAAUGGGAGAUGACUACAACUGCCCAUGUGAUAUGGACUGUGGCAUAACGGAUGCCUGUUGUGGAUCAUCAGACUGUUUGGAAAUUUGCAUGGAAUGCUGCGGAAUUUGUUUCCCGUCAUGAUAAGUUUUUAUUUAUCAUUUGUAUUUUUUCUUUAAAAAAAAUCUGGAGAGGGUUCUUGUUUUUGUUUCUUUUUUAAAAAAAAAUAUUUAAAGGACACUGUUAGAUGCUCUUAGAGCAACCUAGUUAUGUGGACUGUUAACUUCAUUUUGUAGCACAUUGUUAAAGAAAAGCAACCGUAAGACCAACAGCUUGAUAAUCUAGUUUUCUGUAGUCAGUGAUUGCUUUUGUAAAGAUUCUGCUCAUGCAGGUGAAACAACCGUUUAGGGUUGUUAAAAGGACUUUAGCCCUUUGAAAUUUCCUUGUGUGUGUAAGUUUUUUAAAAAAUCACCCCUUCACUAAUGAACAAGUUCCUAGAAGAGAUUGAAACAAGCGGAGUUGGAAUAAUGAAUCCAACAAAGUAUCAACAAUUUGAUGAGGGAUUUACACAGUGAAUCUCUAAGUGGCAAAUAUUGGUAACAGCUUCUUUUUUUAAAAAAACAAACACUUUUUAUGGAACUGCAAUGUCUCCUUUGUUUUAACAGCAAUGUGAAGAAAUACUUCCCCCCCUCAUCUGCAGAUUUUCAUAAUUUAUCUAAGGUGCAUCACUAGCAAACUGAUUCAUGUUUUACAAUACAAUCUAGCAUGUGCCUAUUCAAAAAUAACUCCAGUUGGGGUCAAUGGAACUUUCUUCCAGGUAAGUGGAAUUGCAACCUAAAAGUGCUGUUUACCCUAUCAAAUUGUGUUUAUGCUAUAUUUAAGAAAAACUAAUUGGGAGUGUGAAGACAGCUUUGAAAAGCACCACGUUUCCUUCCCCACCCCACCCCAUCCCUCCAAGUUUUGUUCAGAAGAAACUUGUUCUGGUGUUCUUAUUUAAGCAUAAAAUGCAAAAUUCUUGGUUUUUCAUGCAUCAGUCAUGUCAAGAAUAGAGAAGAAUUGGAUAACACUUGGCUGUACAAGAAGUGCUUCCCGAUGCAAUGAAUGAAUGAAGCUGAUUUUGAAAGGUUUUGAAAUAUAUUGUGUUGAAGGUUUGAUACAGUAUUUGAAGUUCUUUAAGACACAAGAGUAUGAUACUCUUUCAAAGUGAUGGCUUUGCAUGAUGAUGAUGAUUUCUAUUUGUUGGUCACAUUUGUCGUCAAGGUGACCCAAAGUGACUCACAUUAAUAAGUUAAAAACAACACAAUAAAAUCUAAAACGCUUCUGACAUUAAAAAACCAGUUAAAACAAGCACAAUCAAUAGAAAUAAAGAGCAGGUAUACAUCAUCAAUAACCAAGACCCCACACAUCAAGGGUGAAAGGCUUGGGAAAAGAGAGAGGACUUUGCUUGGUAGAUAAAGAUGGUGCCAGGCGUGCCUUCCUGGGGAGAGCAUUCCAUUGCCAAGGGGCCACCACUGAAAAGGCUGUUUCUCAUUUUGCCACCCUCUGAACUUCCCAUAGAGGGUGCACACGAAGGGCCUCCAAUGGUGAUUGGCAGGACUGGGUUGGUUCAUAUGGGGAGAGGUGGUCCUUGAGGUAGCAGGGUCCUGGGCCUCAUGCAGUGAAUGUGUAGGAAAGAAUAGCACAUUUUAAAAAAUUGUCCUAAAUAGUUCUCAUGGCAUAAUUGAAAUCUAUCCCAACAACUGACAUACACUGGUGCUAAUUUACCUCAACAUCCAAGAGUUUUUAGUGUGACUCAGUAAACUACCUGGUUACCCAUAUUUUUCUUGUAAGUCCAAAUUUCCUAAAGACGUGUUGGCUUUGCUCAUUUUUGGCCUUUGUCUAUAGAUUAUGUUUUCUUGAUCCAAGCAGAGUCAGCCAUUCCUUUUCAUUUUAAUGAAUGAUCCAUGUGUGUGGCAAAUAAAAAUUUCAUAAAAAUGAAAAGUUAAGCCUAAGCCUACAAACACCAAUUUACCAAUGAUAACUACUGUGUUGUUACUGAAAAAGAAAAUAUUAAGAAAAUACUUGCACGUUCUAUGGAGCUCCUUGCUUGCUGCUCAGUAAAUUCAACAUGUUAAUGCUUCUCUGUUCUGGUAGCUGUUCCCCUUCUCAUUUGUCACUGCUACAAUUGUAGGAUUGGAUUCUGAACUUUCCUCCAUUGUCCUUCAGAGAAAAAAAAUCUGCCGUAAAAAGACAUUUUACAGUGGCAUGAUUUUAUGGAUAUUUUAGCAAUGGAAAGUUUGAUAAGAAAACUUAAAUUUGAGUAACCCAGUAAACUCAGAAUCAGGUUAGUGGGCACUCAGUUAUGUCUUGAAACAUACCUAAAAAUAGGUGAAGCAUGAAGAUUAAGUGGCAGUGCCUGGGAACUGGGAAAGCAAGGAUACCAUGGCAAGCAAGAUGGACUGGUGGCACACUGGCAAGCCUUUCAUAUUGCAGAAUUGGUGAAUAGGCAUUAUGUUUGGAGAAAGGGGGAGAAAUAUGCCCUGAUCAACCAUGUUUUUAAUUAUUUAUAUGACACUAGGUUGCCCCAUUCUUUGGCAGAUUUUCAGAAUUGCCAGACAAAACAGUCACCAAAAAACACAUCGAGUGCAUUCAGUGAAAUGAACAUAUAUAUUUUUGGAACGUUUAUUUUUAGUGUAACUAUGCUACAACCAUCAUUAUAUGGCUUUGACUUUUCCAGAAAAGUAUUAUGUAUCAAGCUUUAAUUAAUCCAGGAAUAUUUAAAGAGACUUCAAUAUCAGUCUCGAUAAAUGAAUUACUGUACAUACCUGUUUAUUUUGUGUGUUCUUCACCUUUGACAGUCUAUUUGUAAUUUCAUUGGCUUAUAGAACACUUCAUGAACAGAAUUAGUGUUACACUGUUAGUUUAAAUAUGAACAUUCUAGAAACUGUAGUUUAUUCCUCCUCCUAAAAGAUGAUAUCAAUAUUAGAUGUACUCCUUGUAUUUCUUUUAUCUUCUGUUGUUAACAUUUCUAACAACUCCACUAUCCUUAUGCAGUCUUCAAGUGCAAAAUACACAGAAUGGAAAGUGUCUAGCUUUUGAAAAAACCUUCAAAUGUUGGAGCUAUCAUCAGAUUAUUAACAGUUUUUAUUCCAAAAAUAAAAUUUUGUGUGAAUUGUUUGGCAUGCUAAAUAUAUCCUGCUACUAUGUGUCACAGAAAUAUUAACAGUUUGUAAUAUUUAUCUCCAUAGGAGAGCAUGUUAGUGAACAAUUUUAAGAAACUUUUUAUCUAUGUUUGGUUUCUUAAAAUUCUCCCAUCACUUAGUCAUUCUGGAGCCAACCUUAUGGGAACCAUAUAUGAUUAAAAGUGAAGCCGUGCAAAAGUAACAAUUUUCUUGUCUUCUAUUCUGUCUGUUUAAUGAAGACAGAGGUCUUCUGUUAAUACAGAAUUGUGAACUCUUCCCUGUUUUUUUUAAAAAAGGCUUGUUACUUGUUCUGCGACCUUUCUAUUAACUGGAUGAUUUGAUAUAAAACACUAUUUUGAAAUAAAGAAAUUUAUUUUGAAUCAUU